ACAACCUCACCUCCCAAUGGUUCAGGCCCGGGAGGCUCACAUUUCUCUGCUCACUCUAUUUUCGUUGGCCCAGGAGGACGUGCCCCAGGGAAGUCCAGGGAUCAGCCACAUGGACUCCCUGUUCCUGUUCCCUAUCUGUCCUCCCCCCUCCCUGGGAAACAGGUGUGUCUGAACUGGGGCUGGAAGCAGAGCCUGAGAGCUGGAUGACUGGCCUUGGAUAUGACUCCUCAGUUCAACUGUGAGCUCUUGACAGCAAUAUGAGGCAAGAAGUGUAUGUUAUUAUUAUCCUCAUUUUAUGCUUGAGAAAAAUGAUGCUCAUUAAAGUCAAGAAACCUGCCAAAAGUCACACAGCCUGUAAGUGAGUGGCAGAGCCAGCUAUGGUUUUAAGGUCUCUUGUCUCUCUAUAGAAUAUUUUUUCCUGUACACUGUUGUAGAGGAGCAAAAAAUGGACAGGUCAGAUGAAUGAAGUUUAUAUAGUGUCCCAAGUUACAGAAAAGAAUAGUGGCAUGGGGCCUCUGGGGGCUGGUGGCAACACAUAUUAUGAGAAGGUGAGAGGAGGAAAUGUCCUGUUAUGGAGAUAAAAUCUCUCAGGAAGUAAUAGUUGUCAGCCCUCUUCUUGACACAGAUACCUCACUAAAAAUGUAGAUUUCCUUUGUAGGUGUAAAUUUAUUUCUACAAAAGGAAGGACAGCUUUUCAGAGCAACUCCUGUAUCUGCAGUUUCUCAGCAUAACCAGCUUUAAGAAACAAGCCAGAGAAAUAUAUAUUUUGGGGUGGCAUAUUCUGGCCUCCCACAGUCAUAUUUUGGAGUGGUGAGUCCUGAGCCCCAACAGUGUUUUUUUGUUUUUUGUUUUUUUUUUGAGACGGAGUCUCACUCUGUUGCCCAGGCUGGAGUGCAAUGGCGCCAUCUCGACUCACUGCAACCUCUGCCUCCCAGGUUCAAGUGAUUCUCCUGCCUCAGCCUCCCGAGUAGCUGGGAUUACAGGCGCGCACCACCAAGCACAGCUAAUUUUUGUAUUUUUUUUAAGUAGAGACGGGGUUUCACCAUGUUGGGCAGGCUCCUGACCUCGUGAUCCGCCUGCCUUGGCCUCCCAAAGUGCUGGGAUUACAGGCGUGAGCCACCGCGCCCAGCCAGCCCCAAAACUGUUAAAUCCGUACUGCUCUAGCUUUAAACAUACCUUCUAGAUACAGCAACCCGUGCCGAGCUGUAAGUGACUGCACAUGCGCACACGCUAAGCCCAGCUCAGACGGAGGCCAGUGCCAGCCACGUGUUCCCAGGUGCCCACGCGGGCCAAGCGCGAAGGCGAGAUCUGGGUAGCGUGGACAGGCGCUAGCGAAUAAGAACUGGCUCUUAUAGAGUCACGAGACUAUAUCUAGGAAACUACACUUCCCAGAAGCAGCCUGCGGUGACUGCCUCUGUUAAAUGACGUACUUCCUGAAAGCCGGCUCCGGAUAGGUUGUUUAGAGGAAGUGGGCGGUUCUAAACCGCCGGCGGCUAGGCCUAUUUCCGGUAGGAAUCAGUGGACUUGGCGGCAGAGGCAGUGCGGAUCCGGCGUUCUCCACUGAGCUUUUCCAAGGCUGUACAGACAUGGCGGCGGCUUUUCGGAAGGCGGCUAAGUCCCGGCAGCGGGAACACAGAGAGCGAAGCCAGCCUGGCUUUCGAAAACAUCUGGGCCUGCUGGAGAAAAAGAAAGAUUACAAACUUCGUGCAGAUGACUACCGUAAAAAACAAGAAUACCUCAAAGCUCUUCGGAAGAAGGCUCUUGAAAAAAAUCCAGAUGAAUUCUACUACAAAAUGACUCGGGUUAAACUCCAGGAUGGAGUACAUAUUAUUAAGGAGACUAAGGAAGAAGUAACCCCAGAACAACUAAAGCUGAUGAGAACUCAGGACGUCAAAUAUAUAGAAAUGAAGAGGGUUGCAGAAGCUAAGAAAAUCGAAAGACUAAAAUCAGAGCUCCAUCUGCUGGAUUUCCAGGGGAAGCAACAGAACAAGCAUGUGUUCUUUUUUGACACCAAAAAGGAAGUCGAACGGUUUGAUGUCGCAACUCACCUGCAAACAGCCCCGGAGCUAGUCGACAGAGUCUUUAAUAGGCCCAGGAUAGAGACCUUACAGAAAGAAAAAGUGAAAGGAGUUACCAAUCAGACUGGACUUAAGCGAAUAGCUAAAGAAAGGCAAAAGCAGUAUAACUGCCUGACACAGCGGAUUGAACGAGAGAAGAAAUUGUUCGUUAUUGCUCAGAAAAUUCAAACACGCAAAGAUCUUAUGGAUAAAACUCAGAAAGUGAAGGUGAAGAAAGAAACGGUGAACUCCCCAGCUAUUUAUAAAUUUCAGAGUCGUCGAAAACGUUGACGUGUUAUAGAUAAGCCUUGUCAUUCUGUAUCAAAAAUCUGUUGUCGUUUUCUAGUAACUUCAAAUUCCAUUACUCCAAAUGGCAUGGUUUUCCGGUUUGUAACCAUAACUAAAUUGUCAGUCUGACAUUUAAUGUCUUUCUAUGGACAACAUUAAAUCUCCCUCCCUUCUGUAAUUGUUUUUGGAUUGUGAAAUUAGUCUUAUUUUUAUAUACUUAAUUUUUUUUUUCUUUGAGAUAGGGUCUUUGUUGCCAGGCUGGAAGUGCAUUGUGUGAUUAUGGCUCACUGCAACUUUGAACUCCUGGGCUCAAGUGAUCUUCCUGUAUCAGCCUCUUGAGUAGCUGGGACCACAGACAUGUGCCACCAUGUCUGAGUAAUGUUUAAAUUUUCUGUAGAGACCAGGUUUUGCCAUGUUGGCCAGGCUGGUUUUGAACUCCUGGCCUCAAGCGAUCCUCCCACCUUGGCCUCCCAAAGGGCUGGGAUUACAGGGAUGAGCCACUAUGCCCAGCCCAUAAUUUUUUUUGUUAUGAAACAUAGGAUCUCAUUACAGCAGAUUUGGAAAGUAGAUUAAUUCAUUCCUAAUCCCAGUGCUUAUUCAAUAAUAACAAAUAUUUAUUGCAUGCUUAACUGUGCUAGGAGCUAGAGCUGUGGAGGUGGACAAUUACUGUGAGUAGUCUAGUUGAUUUCCUCCGUUUUGUAAAACGAGGCAUCACUUUUUGUCCAUGUUUUUGUGUUUUAUAGUUACAGUAAACAAUUUGAUGUCCUACUUUUUAAUUAAAUCAUUAGCUCUUUCCCAGUUUGUUACAUCACAAAAGUUUUUUACAGUAAUAUAUGCUAGAGUAAACGUUAAAAUAAAUAUUAUUUUUAAUGAUUGCA